UAGCAGUCAGCGUUCUCUCCCAGUACUGCCUCAAGACGCAGUUGUGUAGAGAGUUUCGACCUUGCAGCGGCAACCCUGUCAAGAUGGGCGACCCCUUCCAGCUCCUGAACGUGGCGACACGAAACAUCUACUGCGGUUGUCUACCGGCAUGCCCUUCCGCUCCUCUCACUUGCUCCUCCUCUCGCAGACCCGCUCGACCGAGGAUGCAUGACCCCGUACAUCGACGGCUCACCAGUGAACGCAAGCAUGAAUCUCUGCGGGUGAAGGGUGGGGGGUGGGGGUUGGGUGUGCCAACAAUGAGUCUCAGGUACAAGAGAGCAUGUGACUUCCGCCUCGAGACCCUGAGAGUCAGGAGUGGGUACUACGGCAACGACACCUCUGUCUUCGCGCAGGUACAGCAGGUCAACAACCAGACUGUGGUCAACACGAGCAUGAUAGGUGUGCUCCUUCUCUAUCCCUCUCUCCCCUCCUCCCUCUUUGUCUACCUCCCUCUUCCUCUUCCUCUCUCUGCCUCUGCCUCUGCCUCUGCCUCACUCCGGUUCCUUUCGCUUCUUGCUCCUCUUGCUCCUCGCUCCUUACUAAGUCAGGUCCUCGCUCCUGCUCUGGCUGACCUGUAG